GACGCAAUAAAGGCGUUUAUGUUUUGCAUAGGGCUGGGAUUGCAGUGACAUCCAGAUCAGAUAGCCUGUGUUACUGAUAUAUUGUGAGCUCUAUGGAAACAGUUUUGGUGGUGUUAGUUUCGUCAAGCGAUACGUUAGUAUACCUCUGACAGCUCUGCGUAUUUUACAAGGCACCGCUUUUACAUCCGCGAUAAUAUACACUAUUGGAAGCCUGUCGUACUUGAAUACGUUUCAUGGCGAAAAAUAAUGAUAUUAAAGAAACAAUUAACUAAGGUGCUGCUAGGUCGGCAAAGGGUGUAUUUUUUACAUCAUCUAGCACCGUUUGUGCAGCCUCGAGUCUAUCCUAUUCGGGAUCUACAUUGCUCGCCAAUGCUGUGUGUCGUACCGAAGAAUCUCAAAGGAAAAGGUAAACCGGCUCAAGACUGGUUGACUCGACAACUAAACGAUCCGUACGUGAAAAAAUCUCGUUAUGAGAAUUACCGCGCGCGCAGCGCUUACAAAUUGAUCGAAAUCGAUGCGAAGUAUUCAAUUCUGAAGCCAGGAAUGUCUAUCGUCGACUGCGGGGCCGCGCCGGGAAGUUGGACACAGGUGGCUGUACAAAGGGUAAACGCAGACGGGAAAAUGGAAGGUUGCAAGCGCUUUCUUCAGGGAACUGUUAUUGCAUUGGAUAUAAUCCCGUUUGAGCCCGUUCAGCACGCGAUCUGUCUGCCCGAAAUGAAUAUCUUUAGUGAGGAAUGUACGGAGAAAUUAGCAUCUAUAAUGAUGGCGCGAAGCGGUUCUAAUGACUUUAAUAAAUCUAGCUUUGUUGAUGUUGUCCUUAGUGACAUGUGUCCAUCGGCAUCAGGCCACAAGGAAAUAGACCAUGACAAUGUCAUAAAGCUUUGUUACGCGGCACUCAAAUUCACUGUGUUACAUCUCGUCACAGGAGGCACAUUUUUGUGCAAAAUUUGGCGCGGAAGGAGGGAGACGGAUCUUUGUCAGGAUCUGAAAAAUUUAUUUGAAAAUGUCCGGUACGUCAAGCCUCCUGCCUCACGAGACGACUCUGCGGAAAUCUAUCUUUUAGCUCAAAAUUUCCGUGGUAUCGAAAACAAAUACGAAUCACCAUUUAACAAGCAAACAAGGUCAAGCGGUUCUGUAGGAACCAAAAUAGUUCUCUAACUUCAUGGGUCCUAGUUGAAUGAGUCGGAUUUGCUGACGUAGUUACUAAAAUAAUGUAAAUUUCCAUUUAGCUUUCACUGUGUUAAUUAUUAGUUGUUCCCUUUUAUGAAAUAAACGUUACAUAAAAACUGAACUGAAAAAAGGAAGAACA